UGGAGGUGGAGCACAGGAAGAACACUGGAGAGACACACCACACACACAGGCAGGCAGGCAGACAGACAGGCUGAGAGUUUAUUUGUUCUGUUCCUGUCGCGGAAAAACCGAGUGGAGUUACCUUUCAGUUGCAGGAAGUGACCCGCAAACAGCUGAUCAUUCCGAUGGUUUGGCAGGAGGAAUUCCCGAUGAUUGAAGUAUCGAUCCCCUCCAUGGAGAGGGAAGUGGAUGAGGCGGGGAAAUCCAGAAAGCUUUUCCGAGUCGAAGUGUUGUUCAAUGGGAGGAAACAUUAUGUGCUCAGAAGAAGCAGCGAAUUCCAGACUCUCCACAGAAAGCUCAGGAAGAUCAUCCACACUCCAGACCUCCCGAGCAAGAGGAACCCCCAUCUGAGGACCAAGCCUCUGGAGCAGAGGAGGCACGAGCUGGAGGAUUACAUCCAGGACAUCAUCUAUCAGAACGACGACGUGCCGCAGGUGCUGCUGGACUUCCUGCAUCUGAAACACUUCCACACCGGGAUGAAGGUCAGCAGCAUGGAAUCACUUGACGAAUUGGACAGUCAGGAUUACAGUUAUCCGUUACCAAAUCAGCGAGUGUUGGGAUUCUAUAAGGAUCCUUAUCUCUCUGAACGCACAUCAGAUCUUCCGGAUGUUGUUGUGGACGGAGUUCUGCAGGGUUUAUAUCCUCGGGAUGUCCGAGUCAGCUUCACCGCCCCCGUCCUCACGGAGCCCGACCCCAGUGCUUCUUUAGACGCCUGAAACUAUAGCUAAAUGUUAGGUUUAAUGUUUCAGAGUAGAUGACAAUACAGUUAAAUACACACAACUAGCAAGAAGGACAACUAAAAAGCCAUUGGUGCAUGAUACAGGGGAAAUGGGUCACAUGGAGGAUCAUUUUGUCUGAAAUCCAGUAGGAUUUAAACCCAAAACUCAGGCUUUGUAUUUCCGUUACGUUAUCUGUAGUAUUGUUCAACCUUUUCUUAGCCUUUUGAUAUCACUAAAGUGAAGCCAAAUCCCAAAUUCAUCUUGAAAAUGAGUCACUAAGUAUGUUUUUAUUCAGUUAAAUAAGCACACAAAUAUAUUUGUAUGAAGAUGUGGGAGUGAAAGGAGACCACAGGCAAACGUGUCUUUUAUUCUUUCAAGCCAUACUGUAGCUUAGUUUAAUUUUAGAGUAGAGGAGCAAUGUGGAAAUGUAGAAAUUACUUGAAAUCCAGGCGUGAGAUACAGUAGAGGUCUUUUUUUAUAUAUUGUUUUGUCACAGUUGAUACUUGAGUAUAGAAGUCCCUAACAUUCAUGUACAUUUGUAGUAACUUGAAUUCGUUGAACGUAGUUUUAUUUUCUAGUGUUAGGUCAAUCACAAUGAGCCUUUGAUACUGAAACAAUGUUGGGGAGUUAUUUGUACUUUUGUAUGAGGUUGUUUGAAUUGACAUUUAUAAUAAAAAAUCAGACACGUCUCAUCCUGUGUCUCUGUAUUUCAACCUGA